AUGAAUGAUGACAGAAGUUUGAAGUUGCUAGAGCUAAAUAAGAAGGCUUGGAAUGGGGAAGUGAUCUUUCCCAGUGCUGAGAAAAAGCUUGAUUCCAGCAUGAAGAGAAACACUGGAUUCAUAAGAAAACUUAAACAAGGCAUCACGAAGGAUACGAAGGCAAACCUUCUGAAAGACAUCUCCGAAGUAUCGUUGGAAAAAUACCUCUCAGAAUUAGUCGUCACAGCUAAUGAAGGUAUAAGCAGGGUAUCUAACAAAUCGGAUGACAUCGAAGCAUGUGUCGAAGUAAUUAGUGCUUUGCACCAGCGCUUCAGCCAUCAAUUUACACCACUCCUCAUGGAAUUGUUCUUGCAAAAUUUCAAUGUCUCUCAGACUGAAAGCGAGAAUGAGAAAGAAGAAGCAGCAAAAAUGGCAAAACUCCGCUCUCACGUUAGAAUUUUCACGGAUUUUUACCUGGUUGGUCUUUUCAGCUCUGUGGAAUCCAUACCGAAGGAAAACCUGCCGCUUUUUAUCGUCAAAAGACUGGCUAAAAAAGAACCACUUUUAGUUACACUUUUGAAAGAAAUCUUGAACUAUCGCUUCAAAACAGGGUUAUCUACCACGGUUGCCACAUCAUUCGUUGUCAAAUUUCCGCAGUUUUUCACUGAUGACAGCGACCAAAGCUCAAUACCAAUUGACGCCGAUGUCAAAAAACUGCUUUCGUCAUUGUUUAAGGCAUUUACAGAGGCUGCCAUCUCCCAGCUUGUUGAGCUAAGCAAGUCCCUGAGCAAGCUCAUGAGGGAACAUCAAAAAGCUCAGAUCAGAACCGGAAAAAGCACUGACGAGUACAUCGAAGAGCACGACAGAACUCUUCCUAUCUUUGAAAGAUUCGAAGGCUCUACAAGCGUAUUGGCAGACGUCUUCAACAUGGAAGCUCCUGCACUAGAGAAGUCGCCAGCGGAGGGCACAGUUAGCUCCAGUCCAGUUAUAAUAAAUCAACAAAAACAAGGCUCUGAGAAAAUUUGGGAAAAUGAAGAGAUGAGAAAGUUUUAUGAGGUACUACCAGAUCUUUCCAGUGUCAUAACGGACUCUGAGGAAAAAAAUCCUGCCGAUUCUCAAAAACUUCAUGACUUUUUUAUCGGUUUAGAGCUGGCAGAUUCAAAAGAAGCGAUUGACGAACUCACACUGAGAUUUUGGACUGACUCAAUAAAUAAGAAGGCCACAAGGAAAAGACUUUUAAAGUUUUUCAUUGAAACGUUGGACUGGAGCAAGCUGAGAAUUUAUGCACGUUUCGUUGCAUCCAAUGCAGACACCUUGGCGGACGUAAAGGACGAGUUAAUUCAAUACCUGGAUAAUGGUUUUAGGAGCCAACUUUGGUCUAAUAAAAUAAAUGUCAAGAACAUUAUAUUCUUCAGUGAAAUGGUCAAAUUUAGACUUGUUCCGACAUAUCUCAUCUUUCACAAGAUAAGAACUCUAACAAUGAAUAUUCAAAUACCGAAUAACAUCGAGAUUUUAACCAUUCUCUUUGAAAACUUUGGGAAAUUUCUCAUUAACAGUCCUCAUUACAAAUCUCAGAUGGAAAAGAUGGUCGAUUUGAUUCAGCAAAAGAAGAAGGAGCAUGAUCUAACAGUCAGCAACAAAUGCGCCCUAGAUAACCUACUUGUUCUGAUAUACCCGCCCUCUUUGACGAAACUUAAUUCCGUAUCAAGAGAAAUAUCAGCAGAACAGAAGUUUUACCGUAUCUUGUUGCGGAAAGAGCUACAUUCAAUCCCUCCCGAAAGAAUUGUAAAAUUAAUUAGACGGGCUCAUUGGCGAGAUGAGAGCAUUUACAAAACUAUGGUAUCCUUGUUUUCCAAACCCGAGAAGAUCAGCUACCAGUCUUUAGAUCUCCUGGCAACUGUUUUGAAAGGUUUAUUUCCAUACUAUCGCAACUUUGUUGUUCAGGUUAUAGACAGCGUCGUGGAAAAAGUCGAGCGCGGGCUGGAGAUUAAUGACUUUAGUCUGAAUAUGGUUAGAAUCUCCCAAGUGAGGUAUCUGUCCUCGUUGUAUAAUAACAACCUUCUGAAGAUUGAGGUGAUUAUUGAUGUGUUAUUCAAAAUCCUUCUCUUUGGAAGUACAGGAGGAAUCUCAGUUCCAGCUGCCGCCAACGAGUUUGAUUUACCAGAUAACUACUUUCGUGUUCAUUUGAUAACCACGGCAUUACUGAGCGUCAACGAUAUUAGUCCAGGUAAAGUACAGAAACUGCUAGUUUUCUUGCGGCUUUUCGAGUUUUAUACUCUUAACAAAGAGCAGCCACUACCAAGGGAAGCUGAAGUCAAGAUCUCAACUACAUUUGACAGGUUUACAGCUGGACAUGAAUUUGAGAGAUUUACAGAUGCAGCCGAGAGUGCCAAAGAGUUGUCUGAAUGCUUUGCGACACCGCAGAGCAGCACUGUUGGCGAGAAGGCAGGUGAUGCGGAAUUGGACGAAGACGAUGACGACGAUGAAGACGAAAUAUAUGACGACGAGGAAGAGGAAGCAGGGAAAGAAAUUGGCAAGGAUGCUGGCACCGAGUUUGAAAGCGAGGACGAAAACUUCCAGAGCGAUGCUAGCGCAACUGACGAAUCUAGUGAUGAAGAGAGUGGCACAGGUAGCGAGUCUGAUGAUGACAACGAAGCCGAGGACGAUGACGACUCUGAUGACGAACUGGAACGUAGACGCAUGCAAGAGGCGCAUAUGUCGAAGCUACGGUCUGAAGAAGAAAUCAAGGCCGAGGAGGACCUCGAAAGGCAGUUCCAGCAAUUAUUUCAAGAGUCAAUGGAAAGCCGUAAGAACGAGAAGGUUUCUUCAAAUGGCAUUCCGAUGAUAUCUUCAGGGUAUGGUCUUGACCGAGGCACGAUACCAGUUUCUUUGCCUUCUAGCGAAAGUCAGGGUCCGAAAUCCAAGAAAGUGGCAUUUACAUUUUUAAGCAAAUCCGGCAAAAAAACUCAGGCGCGGACACUCGGGCUGCCCAGAAAUGUUACGUUUGUCUCCGGAGUGUUGGAAGAGGAGCGUAAGCUAAAGGCCGAAAGAGAAAAGAUCAAGCAUAUUGUCUUGAGUCAAAAAUUCGAAUAA